AUGGAGCCAGUAUUGAAUUGGGAUACCCAGCGCGUGGUCCGCUGGUUCAGCCAGAACGGCUUCCCCGGUUACGACACUGCUCUGAAAGACAACGAAAUUGAUGGCCAGGUGCUGGUCAACCUGGACCACGAGUCGCUAAAGGACCUGGGCAUCCGAGCGCUGGGCAAACGCAUACUAGUGCUAAAGUCCAUAUAUUUCCUGAAGCUGCAGCAUGACAUCCCAAUAACGACCGAUAGCUACGUGCCGCAGACCGUGGACCGCCGCCCGCGGCAGCAGAUCGAGCAGGAGGUGUCACGCAUGAUGGACGACAUAUACUACCUGACCAGUGAGCUGACGAACAUGCGGAGCGACCUGCAGCGCGUGUUCCGUGCGAACGUGCUGGCGAAGCCGCUGCCGGCAUUGGCCGACACGACGAAGCCGAAGACGCUGAAUUUGGCGACACCGGCGCCGGCGUCGCCGCAGAAUGCGAGUCCGCAGGCGCAGACGCCCGUGACGCCGCAUAUUCGCGUCUACGGCGACAACGCAUUGCAGCGGGAGAACGAGUCGUACAAGAGCUUCCGCAUAUCCAUCGACGAUCCGUGCAGCCGCGUGCUGCCGCAUGCACUGAAGAAGUACCAUAUUGACGACGACUGGCAGAACUACACGCUGUGUAUUCAGUACGGGAAGAGCCAGGGGAAGGGGAAGAAGAUCGAGCGCAGGCUGAACCUGGAUGAGCGGCCGCUGCGUCUGUUCCAGCAGCUCAAGGAUGCGGGCGAGGAGCCUGUGUUCGUGCUCAAGCUGGUUAAGCCCGGUGCGUCGCCGAAUGCCCUGGCGGACUCGCCUUCCGCCAACCAGCUGUACAUGUCGGGAGCUGCCCGCGAUUCGUCGGUCAGCUUGUUGUCAAACAACGAGCGCAAUGCAUCGUCCACCUCGCUCGAUACUGCUCUGCAGGCCUCUGCUGUCAGCCAGACCUCGACCACGCGGACUAUGAGCUCGUACCUGGCCACGCCCAACAAGCAUGGAGGAGGCGUGCUGGAUACCGCCAGCACAAUACACACAUAG